AUGCUUGGCUCUAAUUCAAACUCCACUCUGACAGAGGAACAUUCAGCCGGAUUCGUGGCUUUAGGAUAUUUGGCAUUAUUGAUCUCAUGUACUUCAUUCGGAUCCAUGUUUACUCCACUGAAACGAAAAGAUACCAAAGAUGGUUUCUUCGUUCAAUGGGUCGAAUGUAGUGUAGUGCUCGUCGUUGGCUUUUUUAUCAACAUUAUCAGAGGCUUUCCACAAUUUCAAUGGAUCGCUGCCAUUGGUGGAGUACUGUAUGCGACUGGAAAUGUGUUCUGUGUUCCGGUAGUGAACGGUCUCGGUAUGGGUAUUGGAUUUCUCGUGUGGGGAGCGAUGCAAAUCAUCGUUGGUUGGUCGGUGGCUCGUUUUGGUCUAUUUGGAUUUUUGGAGGCCACAGAGGUGAAACACAACCUGAUUAACUAUAUCGGCAUAAUUAUUGUUUUAGUGAGUGGUGUACUCUUCAUUUUCGUCAAACAUGAUGAGAAGGAAAAGGAAAAAAACCAAGUCAUACAUAAUUUGUUCUUCUUUGACUUACUUUUUAGUUAUCUCUUCAUGACAAUGUGUUUGGCCAUACUUCAUGGUUUGAUGAUGGCACCUAUAGCUAUACUCAAGCAGCGUAAUCCAUCUACUGACCCUUAUAAUGUGUUCGACUACAUUUGGUCAUUCUAUUCGACUGUAUUUGUCUUCUCGACAAUUUACUUUGUCCUCUACUGCAUAAUUCGACGAGAAAAAGCGUAUGUUGGUCGCGAACUGGUAUUACCUUCUGUUGGGUACGGUAUACUAUGGACAUCAGGAAUGACAUUCUGGUUUAUGUCCAGUGAUCGGCUAUCACAAACUGUAGCCUACCCUAUUACAACGAGACUUCCGGCCAUUAUCAGUGCUCUCUACGAUGUUCUCCUAUACAAAUCGAUUACGGUAAGUUUCGAAUUGAAUUGUAUCUCCACAUUUGUAGAAAUAAAAGCUUUUUUGGGUGGGUAA